AUGGAAGACCCAGUCCGUGAAAUCCCAACCGUCAUUGAACUGCUUACGGAGUCUCCGCCAACCCUGCAGGCUUCCACAGUCGAGAAGUUCUUCACCCCCAAUGCCUCGUUCACGCAUCCGUUCUGCCGCACUUUGUCCUUUAACGGUUCGAGAUGGCUGGUUCUGGCUAUAUAUCGAUUCUACAAAAUCAUGUCGCCGCGCAUUGAUCUUCAAGUCAAAUCGGUUGCAUUUGAUCAAGAACAUCUCAAGCUAUACGUCACCAUAUCACAGAUAUUUUCAAUUUUCAUUAUUCCCUUCUACAUUGCCCCCGUCACGCUGACUACGGUCCUUACAUUGACCACCAAUCCAAACGAGUAUCGCGGAUACUUGGACUUUCCCAACGACCAGGGCAAGUCUGUUGAUUCCGAGAGCGAAGAAACGAGGAGAUACUGGAUAUCAUCACAAGAAGAUCUAUACCAAACAACCGAGUUUGUCAAAUUCUUUCUUCCUUUUGGAAUUGGUGUCUCUAUGGUUCUUGUCUGGCAUUUGUUUGCCACUAUUGGCUGCGUCCUGGGAUCGUUGCUGCUGUCGCCUAUUACUUGGGCCGAGGAGAACUUAGCCAUGAAGAAGGAAAUACGGGAGGUUUCUGGGCGCAAUGUGACUGAUGUUGCUGGCCAUGUCGUUGAGCGGGUGACUCACGAGACGAGUGAUAUUAUCAAUGGGGUUGCCAAGUCUGUGCAAGACAGGCUAAAAUAG